AUGGCUCAAGGCCAGGAGGAGGUGCUACAAGCACAUCACGUUGACGGGGAAGCCGCUAUCUCGCUUAAGAGUGAAGAUAAUGGAGACGGAGUCAAUACACCAAGUGUGAACAGCGAUAACUCCAAAACGGAGGAUGUAGUCCUUGACUGGGAAUCCCCCGAUGAUCCAGAGAACCCCCACAACUGGCCAUUAUGGAAGAAGAUUUACCACACUGCUAUCCCAGCUUUCUAUGGUUUCAUCAUGUAAGGUCCAUCUUUCUGUACACCACGAUCUCGCUAAUUUCUUCAUAGCACAAUGGCAACUUCAGCAUACGUACCCGCAAUCCCACUAGUAAUGAAAGCCUUUGACGUCUCACGAGAGAUCGCCGUCUUACCAUUAUCACUCUACACAUUCGGUUUCGUUCUCGGUCCCAUCAUCGCCGGUCCCCUAUCAGAGCUGUAUGGUCGACGCAUCAUAUAUUGGACCUCCUUACCACUCCUCAUGACCUUCACCGCAAUAUCCGGUGCUUCCAAGAACAUCACACAGCUCGUCGUCAACCGCUUAAUCGCUGGUAUCGUAGGUUCUGGGGCUCUAGCCGUUGGAGCUGGGACGGUAGCAGAUUCCUGGUCUCCCAGAGCCAACGGUCGAGCGGCAUUAGGCUUUAUCCUCGCGCCUUUCCUUGGUCCGGCAUUGGGUCCUAUUGCUGGUGCGUAUAUCAUAGCUGAAUAUGACCAGAACUGGAGAUGGUCACAAUGGGUUGUCCUCAUCAUCGCAGCACCCGUCCUCCUCCUAGCAGCCUUCAUGUCCGAAACAUCCAAACACCGCAUCCUCACUCUGCGUUACCAAAAGUCCUUAGGCAAGGAAACCACCCACCAAACAGGCGACACCCAUCUCCUCGUCGUCAAACUCCGCCAAGCAAUCAUCCGACCUAUCCACAUGAUGUUCCUCGAGCCGCUCGUAGCCUGUCUAAGCAUCUACACCGGCUUCGCCUUCGGGAUGAUAUUCUCCUUCUUCGGCUCUUACACCUUCGUCUUCUCGUCCAUCUACCACUUCUCCGCGCGCGAAACGGGCCUCGCGUUCCUGGGGAUUCUCGUAGGUGUCCUGCUCGGUGCACUAGCAUUCAUCGUCUUCGACGCGACGCUCUAUACCCGCGCGACUCUCGCAGCAGGCACUAAGCCAGCGCCCGAACAUAGACUCUACGCUGCGAUGCUGGGCUCGACUAUGCUCCCCAUCUCGCUCUUCUGGUUUGCUUUCGCGCCGAAUAGGGAUGUACAUUGGAUUGUCCCUGUGCUGGCGGGUGUCCCGUUUGGUGUUGGGAAUACGACGAUUUUCAUUAGUGUUACGACGUAUUUGUUGGAUGUUUACCAGGCGAAGAAUGGCGCGAGUGCGUUGGCUGCGAAUGGGAUUUUGAGGUAUACCUUUGGAGCGGUGUUCCCGCUUUUUACGGUGCAGAUGUAUUGUGCGAUGGGUGUCAAGGGUGCCGGAAGUGUUUUUGCGGGGGUUAGUUGUUUGUUGAUGCCCUUGCCUUGGGUGUUUUGGUUGUGGGGGAAGAGGUUGAGGGAGAGGAGUCGGUAUGAUACUUUUAAGGGGUAG